AUGUUGGGCUUCCUCAUCGCUUGUGGGCAGAGUGGUGCGACGGGCAGCUCCGGUGAUUUUACUUCGCUGCAGCUGCUGUCGCAAAUUUUGCACGCCGAGGAGAAGCCGUGCGACAUGGCGACACCCACGAGCGAGGAAAGGGUGACGCAGAAGAGCACUGCUCAGUGCGAGAGGGGGGCGGCGGCGCCGUUAGGGCGCGGCCCACCCUCACAUAUCGUUCCGGCUCUUGCGCCUCUUUCCCCCCUUCCACUUGCCACUGCGACCACAGUUCCCGCGGUGGCGGUGCAUCCACUGGCUGCGCCCACGAGCAUGCUGGACUUCAUGACGACGCGCUGCAGCCGCGGCGACGACGAACUUCCAUUGCUGCGGCUGCUCACCACGCUUCUGCACGGCGGUGCGGCCCCACCAUGUGUGGUCCCAUCAACCGAAGCAGUGACAGUAGGCGAAAACAACAACAAGGGCACCAAUGAUAUCAUCGACGGGAACGGAGCACGCGAAAACAGCAACAUGAAGAAUGUCUGCGGCGUAACAAACGGGACCACUCCUUCCUACACUGUCGGCGCCGCCUUCGCCGCCGCCUUCACAUCGUUGACGACGCACAUAAAACAAGGCCUUGAGGGCCCUCACAGGGAGGCGGUCCCGCUGCCACACGACCGCUUCGGACACGUCUCCAACGGCGAGCGGGCGUCGAGUGCGCCGUUGACAUCGCGUGGCGCUGUGGUGGACGGCGCCUCGAGCGACGACAUGGAGCCCCCGCUUGUAGAGCGCACCAUGGCAUCUCUCCACAACGUGCUGGCCUCCACGGCGACCGCUCCGUCCACUGAAAGGCGGCCGCAUUGGUCCUCCUCGAUUCCAAGACCAUCCUCAGAGGUGUUCCACGACGCGGCGUCCCCAACAUUGGGUGGUGCCGAUCGGCCACCGCGUGAAAUGAGAUCAGCAUCCGCCACUGACUCUGUGCCGCCGAACCCCAGGGUGUCGUACGCCAGCCGCUAUCUGGAGCGGCUACACUUCAGCAGGCCCCUUAUCGUGCGGCCCGCCAGCUCCAGGCCACCAGUGCCAUCAUCGUAUAACAGAGGCGGCACGGGCGAGAAGGCCGAAUUCUUGCGGUGCUACCGUGAUCCCUCUCAGCUGCCUCACAGAUAUCCGCCUCUGCACCCGUGGAAGGUGGCACAGAGCGGGGAGGAGAGGCGGGGUGCCGGCACACCGGUGGCUUCCAAUCUAGCAGGGCGGUUUCAGCAACGACGCUCAAGUGCGGGCAGCUGUGACGGGUCCUCGCAGCUGUGCACUACCCCAUCCCACACCUCUUCCCUCGGCUACAAUGGCACCUCUGCUUGUGGUGGAGGAGGCAUUCGGACGAGAAGUGCACGGGCUCCUCACCAGAUGAGGCAGCACGAACAAAAAAAGCAGCAAGAGGAGCAACAACAGCAGCAUCUCUUGACCAACUUGGUGAUUGAGGGUAAAGCGCUUGAGGUGCCGUCGCGGUGGGCGCCUACUGUGCUCGUGAAGCAUCUUAGGCGUAGGGGGGUCUACUCAGGUUGA